GACGAAAUCCUAUCGGAGUUUCCCAAACUCCUGCGUGAGAAUGACAUGGAGAAGCUCCGUCUGGUCUACGAGCUGAUUACCCACGUGCCAAGUGAGGUCAAUCCCAUGCUGGAACAGCUGGAGGAGUACAUUUGGUAUGCAGGGACCAAUGAGCUUCAAGCCAGUGCCGAGAUUCUUGUCAAGGUUGGUUAUACUUGCAUACCAGUUUCCCUAGUCUUUGCCGGUAUUCCGUAUUGCAUAUGGGCCUGA